AUGGGGUGUGCAACUGCAAUACUUAUUGCAUGGGUCUGUUUAAAUGUGUCAACAAAAUUAAGUGCACAACACGUUCAUCCAUCUUCUCCUCCUCCAGCAGCUCCUCCUCCCAUUGUUUCCUUGUUUCCCUUGCCACCAAAGAAGCAUAAGCAAUUACAGUGGUCACUACCUCCGGUUGCUGAGCCAAUAGUUCCCUAUUUUCCUUUUGUGUAUAUACCAUCUCCAUCUGUGAAGCCUUAUGAACACACAUCACCACCACCACCAUCUCCGGUUGCCGUUGCGGAGCCAAUAGUUCCCUAUUUCCCUUUUGUAUAUAUACCAUCUCCAUCUGUGAGACCUUAUGAACACACAUCACCACCACCACCAUCUCCGGUUGCUGUUGCCGAACCGAUAGUUCCAUAUUUUCCUUUCACAUUUACACCAUCCCCAUCGGAGGAACCUUAUGAACAUACACCACCGCCGCCCUCUGCAAAAUGCCCCUAUCGUUCUCCACUCAACCACCUUCCCCCGGGGGUCUUACUAAGGGAGAAGCCGCCAUGGCCACCCAAUUUCACAGUUAAAACCGCUCCACCUCCUUUUUGA